AUUAAAACAGCUCACUAUAAUGUUUCAUUUUUUAAAGUUAUUAAUUGUAUAAAUACAAAAAUAAUAAUAAUAAUAAUAAUAAUAAUAAUAAAAUAUUUCGUCGUCAAAGUUACCUUUUUACUCAUUUAUGCAACAAUUUUCGUCUUUGGUCUAUUUGGCAAUUUUGGUGUUUUAAUAAAAGUGCUACGACAUCGUCGACAUCGUUCACCGCAAAAUUAUUUUUUGUUAAAUUUGAUUGUUACUGAUAUUUUGCUAUGCUUGGCAGCUGUACCAGCAACACCAUUAUAUGGCUUAACCAGAAACUGGAACUACGGAAUUCUUGUCUGUCGUUCAGUAAACUUCAUUAAUUCAUUAGCAGUAUUUGUGUCAAGUUGGUGCUUAGCUACAAUAGCACUAGAUAAAUACCUCCAUAUUAUCAAACCAACACGGGCAACAAUGAAUUUUAAAAGUGGUGCUUAUAUAACGUUGGCAAUCUGGACAUCAUGUUCAGUGAUCAAUGUACCGUUUGUUAUGAGCUAUCAGAUCGUCGAUGGCCGAUCAAUGAAUCUGUCUACACCGCUGUGUGAAACAUUCUGUGAAGAAGUGAAUUGGGGUAGCGUUUUUCCACGACGAUUGUACGGUGCUGCAGUUGUUGUACUACAGUUUGUAAUUCCGUUAAUUAUUAUUACAUUUUGUUAUGCGCGUAUACUUCGAAAGGUAUCUAAUGAUAUGAUUGUUCACAACGAAAAAUUCAGUGAUUGCUUGACGGCUGAACAAAGAAUAUGUGCACUAAACCGAAAAAAUAAGGUUUACUAUAUAUUGAUCUCAAUGGUGGUUACAUUUGUGGCUUCUUGGACGCCAAUAACAUUGGUGAAUGCAGCCAAAGAUUUUCAGUUUGACGGUGAUUUCAUGAACUCUCAACCAUAUUUUAUACCGUUGUGUUCACAUGUAUUUGCGAUGGCAUCAAUUAUUGUCAAUCCAAUACUGCUGUUCUGGCUAACAAAACGGGUACAAAAGUCUAAACUUAGUCGUAUUUCGUCGCUUGGUUUCAACUCAAUAAUGUCUCGUGUCAGCUUUUUAUGUCGACGUGCAUCGGUUCGAAAUUUUGAUAGAACAUUUAGGUAA